AUGUCGCCGGACAAGAGCCUCUACUUCGCGGAGGCGGGUGGCAGCUCUAUCAGGCUGCUGCGCCUGAAGGACUCGGGCCGACUCUCCUGGAAGCGAGCGGUGGCCCUGGAGGGCACAGUGCUGUCCCUGGCGCUGGACUGGCCCAGUGGCAACCUCUACUGGAUCGGGGGGCAGCCAGCGCGGCUCAACGUGGCAGAGAGGGGAGUGAUCAACAGCGUGGAGCUGGACGGCUCCCACUUCCGCGUGGUGCGGGAAGGGCUGCAUGGCCUCACGCUCUUUGCCAUCGGAGAAGGCUUCCUGCUCUGGACCACGGCGCCCACCAAUGGCUCCACCAAGGUGUGGCACAGCCGGCUGGAGCGGGCCGAGAGCUGGUGGUUCCCUGUGGAGCAGGAACUGCUGGCUGUGAGGAUCUACAGCCCCUUCUCGCAGGGAGGCACCCAUGGCUGCGCGGAGGGCAACGGGGGCUGCGCGCAGCUCUGCCGCCCCAACGCCGCAGGGCGGCAGUGCCGCUGCUCGCACGGCUACCGCCUGGUGCGUGGCGCUGAGUGCGUGCCGGCGCCGCCGUGCCCGGCCCCGCUGCAGCCCUGCCGCGACCAGCAGGGCUGCUUCUCUGGGGAGCAGACCUGCGAUGGGCACCCCGACUGUGCUGACAGCUCUGACGAGCUGGGCUGCCCCUCUGCAGCGGUGGAGAGGCAGCUUCCCACAGCAGCCCCACGGCCAGGGGCACCCCGCAUGGAAGGAAAGGAGACACCAGCCUUGCCUCCAGCUAGAUCCAGUGCUCGACCGUCUGGCCCCAGCCCGCCGGCAGUGCCGAACCCCCAGGAACCCUUCCUGGCGCCCCCGAGCACCGAGGAGGUGCUGGGUGCCGUGCCGUGCAGCAGCGAGACGUGCAACCUGCGUGGGGAAUGUGCUGUCGAGGCCGGGCGGGUGACCUGCCACUGCGCACUGGGCUACCGCGGUGACUACUGCGAGGAGGCAGAGGUGCAGCCCGUGGGGGGUCCCAUGGCCCUGGGGGUGGCCGUGCUCCUGCUGGUCAGCGCCGCCUCCGUGGGGGCCCUGGCCUACAUGAGGAGGAGGGACAGCCGGAGGAGGACCUCCAGCACCGCCUCCACCCGAGUGCUGACCCUGUACCACCGCGAGAGCGACCCUGAGGAGGAAGAUGAGGAGGAGGAAGAGCUUCCCCCCAAGAGUGACACCUUUGUGAACGAAGCUUAUGAUGGGAAGGAGGAGCUGCCAGCCCCACUGGGGAAGGGACCAUCUGGCUCCUGA